GGCGAAUGGGGAUAAACUGUUCUAAAAGUUGUGGGAAACGCCGAUGAUCCGACACGCAAUCUCUAGAACACAUUACACCUGGUUGAUAAUAGAUGCUGCCAUAGUACGCCAGUGCUAUAUGCUCCUACAUUGAGUGCCCUGCCCUGAUAUCUGUCAAAAGAUAGUGUAGACUUUCACGAUUGACAGCUGAGAGGCUUUGCGCACGGUUUUUUAUUUUUAUAUUGGAAAAAGCAUCUUUUCGUCUGCCCAUCAUGCCUACGAGCCAGAAUGAGCGAGUACCAGACGUGACUCGGGCUGCGGAACUUACAGCAGAGUUGAAGACAUUAGAGGCACGGGCAACACACUUUAACGAACUAGCCCAGCAAGUCAAUUCCGAAGAAGCAGCAUGUCUCAAAGAACUCGCCAAGCAACGCAAAAAGGUGCGAGAGUUCCUACGAGACAAAACGGUGGUGGCUGCUGCUUCCCGUGAUCAAGUAUUUGCGGAUCGGUUGGAAGCGAUUAGAAGAAAGCUUCAGCAUUUGGAGUUUCAAUUCCCAAAGCCUGCCCAUAUCAUUCUCCGGUUAGCCUUGGGUAGUACUGCUCCCGUCUCUCUCAAACCGCUAGCCCUCCGUCUCCAUUACAAACAAGAGUACGAACUCUUCAAGCUCCGAUUCACCUUGAUUUUCAUUUUCCUUUCGAUUGCCAGUCUCUUUAUCUACGGCGGUCGUGUCUUGGAUGCCAUCUAUGGAUUUGCUAUGUUGUACUACUAUUGCACCUGUGUGCUACGGGAACAUAUCUUGUUGGUCAAUGGGAGUCGGAUAAGAACUUGGUGGUUUGGACAUCACUAUUUGAGUAUCAUUCUGAGCGGAGUCAUGCUGAUCUGGCCAGCAACUACUAGCUACAAAUCUAUCCGGACCCCCUUUUACGUCUUCUGCCUUUACAUCAACAUUCUCCAGUACUUUCAAUAUCGAUACCAAAGAGCUCGAUUGUACGUGCUCGUCGCUCUGGAUCGUGCACGGCCUAUGGACACUUUGUCAGGAGAUGGGUUCUAUUCUGGCUCACUGGAACGGGAAUUCCUGUUCCUUUUACCUUUUUUGGUUAUUGGGCAGCUUUGGCAACUGUACAAUGCAUGGGAUCUCUAUUGGCUGUGGGAGAAGCACCCCGCCGAGAAGAGGGAAUGGCAACCGUUGGUUGCGAGCGGCCUAUUUUUGAUUCUUGGGAUAGGAAACAUGCUUGCUACUGUUAGAACGUGGGUAUCAAAGAAGCGGAGUGGGACGGGGUCUAGAAAACGUGCCAAGGAUUACAUGCUCAGCAAUUUACCGGGUAGUCCACCGGUCAGCCCUGGUAUUAUGACCAGUGGAGUGAACGCAUUUCCGUUCCCUCCUUUAGCGGGAAAGGACAGGAACGGAAAGGAGGGGAUAGAUGGAGUCGGAGAGGGAAUGGAUAGAGAGACGGACAAGUUGAUUAAUGGUGUUCUCAAGGAAAAGGCUGUAUCAUGAUGAUCUCUGUCUUGCUAUUUUUUUCAAAGUGUCAGGCCACCCCGUUUACUACCA